AUGCAAAACAGUUAAUAAUAGGUUAAUAUGCCCUAGUCAAGAAUGUUAGGUGAUCCUGCCUAAUCAUAAUACUUAUAAAAUUCAAUGGCCUAAGAUCCUCAAUUUUUGAGUUAUCAAAAUUACAGAAAUGAAAUCUAAGAGGAAGGAGAAAUUGUAGCUGAAACAGCAAAACUUAGAAAAUUGUACUUCCUUAUGCUACUUCAAUUUAUUAUUGUCAUUGUUUUUAGUUAUGUAAGACUUGUUUUAAUUAUGGUAGCUGCGAAUAGAAUCUUUAGAAGAUUACUUUUAAAAGAAUUCUUAUUGGAUAAUAAUUUUGUCAAUUGGAUGCUUUUUGCUUUCAUUGGCGGCAUAUUUUACAAAUCCAGAUAAUACAGCAGUAAAUGUAGUACUGUACGUACUAUUUACUAUAGCUUUAUAUUUCUUUUUUAUAUCCCUAACUGCAAUUACAAAUAUUGAACAAUCUAUGAUGGCAGCCUUUAUGAUUUUAGGAUAAGUAAUAAAUUGCAUUUUAUAAUUGUCAAGAUAUUUUCAUAAUUCCUAUCAGUGAUGUAAAGCAGAAUUGAAAUGUAUUAUCAUUAACAAUCUCUCUAUGUGUUAGCAGGUGGACUUAUAAUCUUCUAAUUAUUCAUCAUUUAUUCGAUUAUACCAUUCUUUGAGAUGAUUAUCACCUUAGUUUCAGGAGUAGUUUUUGGGUAUCCUUUUUAUUUUAUCUUAGAUUUUUACUCAUUUAUAGUACUUAAAGCAAUUUAAGUUAAAUUAAAUCAGGUGCUAUAAAUGGAAGUGUUAGAAUCUAUGUUGAUUUACUAGGUGUAUUUUUCCAUUUGAACUCUUUGAUGGCAGAUUUAUUUAGAAAAGAAAAACCAAUUGAUAAAUGAAUAAUCAAC